UCACGUUAUGUAGUUGUUUCCACAAUUGUAGGAACGUGUAGUUCCAUAUCUAUUAUUUAAAAGAAAAAAGGCAGAUUGAAUUUUCCAAAAGAAACUUGUGUUUUGUAUUUGUGCUUACUCUUAGCUUUGAGAAGGGACCCUACCAUAACGUGACUAACAUGCAAAAACAGAGAAAGAGAAGAUUUUGAAGAGGAAGAUUUGAUCUCACUGACACUUUCUGUCUAAAGAAAGACCAACAAUGGAUUCAAGCGAUGGGUGUUGUUCUGUACAGCUUAUUGAUGGAGAUGGUAUAUACAAUGUCUCUGGCAUUGAUCAUUUCAUUAAAGAGGUGAAACUUGGAGAGUGUGGCCUCUCUUAUGCUGUUGUCUCCAUCAUGGGUCCUCAAAGCAGCGGGAAGAAGAGUACACUAUUGAAUAGUUUGUUUGGAACAAACUUUAUGGAGAUGGAUGCAUUUAAGGGAAGGUCUCAGACUACAAAAGGUAUCUGGCUUGCAAGAUGUGCCGGAGCGAGGAGAGGUGGUGCACGAUAUUGGCCGUGAACAAGCUGCUAAUAAACCUCUCUUGAAAACUGUCUUUCAGACAGGUUAUGAUGAGAUUUUGUUUAGUCCACGUAAAACAACAAUGCUGUUUGUAAUACGAAAUAAAACCAGGACGCCAUUGGAGAACUUAGAGCCUGUCGUAACAGAAGAUAUUCGAAAGGUCGAAAAGAAGCUACCGAAACAGUGUAUCAAGGAGAUUGAUAGCUUGUGUGCAGCCUUCCUGUGGUCUGGUCCAGUGCUAAACACACAAAAGGCCAGGGUUGCAUGGAAGGACUGUUGUAAACCUAAGGAUGAGGAUGGUUUGGGUUUGACAUCAAUCUCGGAAGCAAACAAUGUAUCAUGCUUAAAACUAGUAUGGAGAAUCCUCUCUGCUGCAGAUUCGCUAUGGGUCAGGUGGAUCACCCGCUACUUAAUCCGAAAAAGGUUCUUUCUGGUCGGUUAAGGCUAGUAGCUCCCUUGGUUCCUGGAUGUGGAAAAAAAAUUCUAAAAUACUUAGAUACUGCAGCUCAGUUUGCAAAGGUUGAAGUUCAUAGUGGUGCGUCGACGUCGUUUUGGUAUGAUAAUUAGUCUCCUCUUGGUAGACUGAUAGAAAAAACUCACGGCAGAGAUGCUUUGGACAUGGGGAUUCGACUAAACGACACAGUGGAGAGGGUGGUGAAAUCUCACAGAAGGAGAACACGAAGAGGGGCUAUCUAUAAUCUAAUAGAAGAGGAGAUCCACAACUUGAGGACAAGAGGUCUAGAACAGAGGGAUGAUACUAGUUUAUGGAAGGCAGGGGAGAAUUUAUAUAAAGAUGAGUUCAGCUCUAAAGAAACUUGGAGAUUAACUCGAACAGCUCAUCCAAAGGUUGACUGGCAUAGCGGUAUCUGGUUCUAGUUCAGUACCCCAAAGUACUCUUUCAUGGCUUGGAUAGCUAUCCAAAAUAGGCUUCCAACAGGUGACAGGGUCGCCAACUGGAGUAAUGCAACAACGACAACUUGCUGUCUCUGUUCUGCGAUGCUCGAAACUCGAAACUCGAAACCAUCUCUUCUCUGAGUGCAAUUUCUCGGAGGAGAUAUGGAGAAACCUUACUCAGAAGCUAUUGUCGGUGCAAUACACAAGCAAAUGGAAUGAGGUUACGCGCCUUAUCAAUGAUCAAACAAGGCAGAAGGUUCAUCUGUUCCUGCUCAGAUACGUUUUUCAAGCUGCACUCUCAACCAUUUGGUGUGAAAGGAAUGGGAGACAACAUGGUGAGAAGCCUAAUGCCCAUUCAGUGCUGAUUAAACAAAUCGACAAACUUGUCAGAAAUCGCAUCUCAAGCAUCACAACGAUAGCUGAUCGAAAGUAUACUACAGCCAUGGAGACAUGGUUUUCUUUUCGAUGAUUUUCUUAUUAGAAUCAGAAUUUUAAGUUUCUAUAUCUGUUUUUGUUAAAUCAAACUCUCAGCUAGAGUUACAGACAUUGUAAAAAAGUUUUUUUUUGAAUA